AUGGGAAAGAAGAGAAGCUAUACGAACUUCGAUAUGAAUAAGCAGCCCCAAUGUCUAUCCGAAAUGCUCCUCGAAAGUUUACGGGAUUUAGAAGUUAAAUACCCAUUAAUAAUGUAUAUCAACGAUGCUGAAGAUCAUACACUUAGAGACAAUGAGCGCGGAAUACCGCAAAAGUCACUAUACUACGUUAUCCUUUGUAACUCCGGAUACGCGUUGGAUGGUUGGAUAAACCGAUUACCCUACAAUUUUUCUGCAGUGAAAUGCAUGAACCUGAGUCAGCCUCCUUACAUCCGUCCUCGUGUUGGUUUUGAUAGAGCUUCGCCCAAUAGGCUUAUACCUACACGCUCAAAAUUUAUGAACCAGUACUCCGUGUAUGAUUCAGCAUACAGCAUAUGCAUUGCAUUGCAUCACAUAUCUCUGUAUCAGACUAGGGAGCUCAGGUCUCUAGCUGGCAUGGCCCUAGUGAAUAUCGGAAGAGUACCGCACCAUGCGUAUGACGAUCUCAAAGAUGGCUUUUUGCCCAAAAAUCGGGUUGACAACACGAAGCUUAUGACAAACGCAUGA